GGGCGGGCGGGCGCCGAGCGCGGCGCGGGCGGGCGGACGAGCGGGCCGAGCCGGCCGAGGAUGCCGCUCGGGGCGCCGCGGUCCUCGUGCCAGUGAGCGCAGCGCGCCGCCGCAGCCAUGACGGUGGAGUUCGAGGAGUGCAUCAAGGACUCGCCGCGCUUCAGGGCGACUAUCGACGAGGUGGAGACAGAUGUGGUCGAGAUCGAGGCCAAACUGGACAAGCUGGUCAAGCUGUGCAGCGGCCUGGUCGAGGCCGGCAAGGCCUACGUCACAGCCAACAGGCUCUUCGUCAGCGGCGUCCGGGACCUGUCUCAGCAAUGCCAGGCCGACGCCGUCAUCUCGGAAUGUCUGCAGAGGUUCGGAGACAGCCUACAGGAGAUGGUCAACUACCACAUGAUCCUGUUUGACCAGGCCCAGAGGUCCGUGCGGCAGCAGCUCCACAACUUCAUCAAAGAGGACGUGCGGAAGUUCAAGGAAACCAAGAAGCAGUUUGACAAAGUACGGGAGGACUUGGAGCUGUCCCUGGUGCGGAAUGCCCAGGCCCCGAGGCACCGGCCGCACGAGGUGGAGGAGGCCACAGGUGCCCUGACCCUCACCCGCAAGUGCUUCCGCCACCUGGCGCUGGACUAUGUGCUGCAGAUCAAUGUCCUCCAGGCUAAGAAGAAGUUCGAGAUCCUGGAUUCUAUGCUGUCCUUCAUGCACGCCCAGUACAGCUUCUUCCAGCAGGGCUACAGCCUGCUGCACCAGCUGGACCCCUACAUGAAGAAGCUGGCGGCCGAGCUGGACCAGCUGGUGAUCGACUCGGCGGUGGAGAAGCGGGAGAUGGAGCACAGGCACGCUGCCAUCCAGCAGCGGACGCUGCUGCAGGACUUCUCGUACGAUGAGCCCAAAGCGGAGUUUGACGUGGAUGCGCCCAGCGGCGUGGUGAUGGAGGGCUACCUCUUCAAGAGGGCCAGCAACGCCUUCAAGACCUGGAACCGGCGCUGGUUCUCCAUCCAGAACAGCCAGCUGGUCUACCAGAAGAAGCUGAAGGACGUGCUGACCGUGGUGGUGGACGACCUCCGCCUGUGCUCCGUGAAGCCAUGCGAGGACAUCGAGCGGAGGUUCUGCUUCGAGGUCGUGUCGCCCACCAAGAGCUGCAUGCUGCAGGCCGACUCCGAGAAGCUGCGGCAGGCCUGGGUCCAAGCCGUGCAAGCCAGCAUCGCCUCCGCCUACCGGGAGAGCCCGGACAGCUGCUACAGCGAGAGGCUGGACCGCACGGCGUCCCCGUCCACGAGCAGCAUCGACUCCGCCACGGACUCCCGAGAGCGCGGCGCCAAGGGCGACACUGUGCUCCAGCGCAUGCAGAGCGUGGCUGGCAACGGCCAGUGUGGCGACUGCGGCCAGCCGGACCCCCGCUGGGCCAGCAUCAACCUGGGCGUGCUGCUGUGCAUCGAGUGCUCGGGCAUCCACAGGAGCCUGGGUGUCCACUGCUCCAAGGUGCGGUCCCUGACCCUGGACUCCUGGGAGCCUGAGCUGCUGAAGCUGAUGUGUGAGCUUGGGAACAGCACCGUGAACCAGAUCUACGAGGCCCAGUGUGAGGGGCCGGGCAGCAGGAAGCCCACAGCCAGCAGCCCCAGGCAGGACAAGGAGGCCUGGAUCAAGGACAAAUACGUGGAAAAGAAGUUCCUGCAGAAGCCGCCCCCCACGCUGGCUCGGGAGGCCCCGCGGCGCUGGCGGGCCCUGAAGUGCCCGGGCCACCACAGCUCCCCCCGCGCCCCCACCGCCCGCCGCAAGGUCCGGGUGGAGCCUGUCCUGCCCGCCGUCGCGGCUCUGUCCUCAGGCGCUGUGGAGCGCAGGUUCCGCCGGGACUCCCUCUUCUGCCCCGACGAGCUGGACUCCCUCUUCUCCUACUUCGAUGCGGGGGCUGCUGCGGCUGGUCCACGCAGUCUGAGCAGCGACAGCGGCUUAGGGGGCAGCUCCGACGGCAGCUCGGACGUCCUGGCCUUCGGCGUGGGCUCCGUGGUGGACAGCGUCACUGAGGAGGGGGGCGCGGAGUCCGAGGAGUCCAGCGGUGAGGCUGACGGAGAGGCUGAGGCCUGGGGCCUGGCGGACGUCCGCGAGCUGCACCCCGGGCUCCUGGCACACCGAGCAGCGCGCGCCCGCGACCUCCCCGGGCUGGCGGCGGCGCUGGCCCACGGGGCCGAGGUCAACUGGGCAGACACAGAGGCUGAGGGCAAGACGCCGCUGGUGCAGGCGGUGCUAGGGGGCUCCUUGAUCAUCUGUGAAUUCCUCUUGCAAAACGGAGCGGACGUGAACCAAAGAGACAGCCGGGGCCGGGCGCCCCUGCACCACGCCACGCUCCUGGGCCACACUGGCCAGGUCUGCCUGUUCUUGAAGCGGGGCGCCGACCAGCACGCCUUGGACUUUGAGCAGCAGGACCCGCUGAGCAUCGCGAUCCAGGAGGCUAACGCCGACAUCGUCACGCUGCUACGCCUGGCGCGCAUGGCCGAGGAAAUGCGGGAGGCCGAGGCGCCACCGGGCCAGCCGGGCCCCCUGGCGGGCAGCAGCCCCACCGAGCUCCAGUACCGCAGGUGCAUCCAGGAGUUCAUCAGCCUCCACCUGGAGGACAGCUAGGGCGCGCGGGCCCGGCCGCCUGGCCCUUUCCCGAGCCCUGGCGCCCCACGCUCCGGGGGCUCCCGCAGCCUGCUCUGCCCUCCUUGGAGCUGCCAGGAACCCCAAGGCUGGGGAGGGACCCCAGCACUGAGUCUUCUGAAGCCCCACGUUUCCCCAGAGGUGCUGCAUCGCCUGGUGCCCCUCGCCCCAGGGGGGACCCCAUGUCUUCAGGUGACUCCUUCCUCGGGGGCCUGGGUUGCUCAUGUCACAAACUACUCUCAAGGUUCCGCGUCACCUCGUGCCCGCCUGUCCUCGGGGCCGUGUCACCAUAUGUCCUUCGGUCCCUGGGGCCCAUGUCACCUGUACCCCUUUGUUCCAGGACCUUGCGUCCCCCCGUCCCAGGGGCCCGCGUGAUCCCGUGCCCCCACUUUUAUUGCCCCAGAUGCCGACCUGCUAGUUAGGUCCCUCCCACCCCCCCGAGCCCCUCCACUGGGCCCCAAGGCCGGUGGCUGGCCAUCGGCCCCUGCGAGGGCAGGAGGGGCAGCCCACCCAGGGAAUCAACCCGCGUACCUCACUCAGUGGCCCCGGCAUCCCGGCUGGGCUUCUCUGGUGCUGGGGGUGGAUCUGGCGUGGAGCCUCAGCCCUGGCUGGACGCGGGCGUCCUGAGCCCACGUGGCUGGCCGCGUGGGCCCUGUGCUGGGUGGCCCUGGACUGGGUCCCGGCCUCCUCCAGAGGUACUUGGCUCAGAGCAGGUACAUAAAGGACUUUGGCACUUUGCACCCCGGCAUCCAACGCUUUGUCACGGACUGAGUGGAUUUUCUACGGCCACCUCGUUCUCACUCUGUCUCGCCUCUCCUCUUUGUGGACUCUGGAGGACCGCCUGGACCCAGCUCUGUCUGCUGCCACGGGGAGGCCCCUGCCGCUCUGCCCCCCGCUCGCCAGCUCACCGCGCGGGCUGGGCCCUCGGGUGGGCCGGGCCCCUCAGCUCACUGCCCAGGGCCCGCGAUACCUUCUGCGCUCCCCGUGCUGGGGGCCCUGGGGCAGCAGCUGGGCCUCUCCCCAACUUGGGUCCUUGAUCAGGCCAAGGCCAGUCGGCUGGUCACUAUGCAAAGGCUGCCCAAGGAGGCUCCAUGGGCGGCAAGGUGGGCACUGACCGGGCCCCCCACGUCCCUCACCUGCUGCCUGUGACCCCUAAAGAGCAGAAUUAACUCCUUCCUCUCUCCCUGCUUGAGCUCUGUCCCCACUUCCCACCCCACUGCCUGCCAGGGCCUCGCGCCUGGACCUCAGGCCGGCGGGACUGCCCACUCCAGACCGCUCAGUAAUAAA